UCCUGAGCAGGCUGCUGUGUGAGAAGAGCGUGAAAAGAAGAUAAUAAAUAUUGGGAAUAAAAUCAUUCUCGUGCAUGUAUAUUUAUAUUUCUACGGUAUAAAAGGAGAUGUCGGUCACAUUUUCGUCCACACGGCCGAGGGGGAAAGGGGAGGUGACCCAGCAGACCAUCCAGAAGAUGCUGGAUGAGAACCACCACCUGAUCCAGUGCAUUAUGGACUAUCAGAGUAAAGGGAAGACUGCCGAGUGCACACAGUAUCAGCAGAUUUUACACAGAAACCUGGUCUAUCUGGCUACGAUAGCGGACUCCAAUCAGAACAUGCAGUCCCUCUUACCUGCCCCUCCUAACCCCAAUAUGAGUAUGGGUCCGGGUGGGAUCGGUCCAAGUGGUGGUCAAUCUCUUCACUCUCAGAGUAAUCUGAAUGACAGCAUGGGCUCAGGUCUGCCCCCUACCUCACUGAUGCAGAGCCAGCUCAGCAACGGCCCCAGCCACGCCCCCAUGCAGCAGCAGUCCGGCCCCGGGCCCUCCACCUCCAUGAGCCUGCCCUCCAGCAGCCAUGGCUCUGGGCCUGGCUACAGCCACUCUGUGCCCUCGUCUCAGGGCACCACGCCGCUCCAGGGGCAGGGGGGAUACCCGUCCUCCUCCCGCGCCAACCUCAACAUGCAGUCAAACCAAGUCUCUAUGAUGCAUCAGCAAGGUGCAGGACCCCACUAUUCUUCGUCCCAGGCUGGGGGUCAGCACUACCAGGGCCAGCAGUCCUUGGGCAUGAUGGGUCAGGGAAACCAAGGCAACAGCAUGAUGCCACAGAGGCCCAUUGGAAGCUAUCGUCCCUCUCAGCAAGGAUCUGCCCCGCAGUACAUGGGCCAAGAGGAGUUCUACGGAGAGCAGUACGGACACACUGCCAGCUCCAGCGAGCCCAUAAACCAGCAGUAUUACCCCGAUGGUCAUGGAGAAUACUCCUAUCAGCAGUCCUCCUACGGAGAGCAGGGCUACGAGAGAUCAUUUGAAGAAUCCUCACAGCACUAUUAUGAAGGCGGAAACCCUCAGUACAGCCAGCAGCAGCCGCAGUAUCAGCAGAGUUCAGGACAACAGCAAACCUUCAGCCAACAACAGUAUCCCUCACAGCCGGGCUAUAGCGGGCAGCCACAGGGUUACGGUCCGGGUCAGGGAGGCCCCUCUCAGUACUCUCAGUACCAGCAGGGUCAAGGUCAGCAGUAUUCUUCAUAUCGCUCCACACAGUCAGCGCCUGGGGGUCAGCCACAGAGACCCUACACCUACGAACAGGGUCAGUAUGGAAACUACCAGCAAUAAGGACAUGCGGCUCUGGCGAUGGCAGUUCUGUUGAUCGAGCAGGAUUACACUGUAUACAUCCCAGCG